UAUCAGGUGUUGCUACUGUUUGCCGCUAAUCUGACGACUUUCGCCAGUUAUAUAUUGAACGCAGUACCAUCGUUUAACGUUUUGCCGAGUAAAAAGCAAAAAUACUCUAAAAUACAAUAUUUAUUUAUACUUCUGCAUUGUCCAUUGACUAUUUGAAGUUUUUCAAUCACAAGUGAAUGAACAUUUAAUAAUGCGGUUAGGGUAUUCUUAUUUCAUACUAUUGUGUCAAAUAAACGUGUUUUGGAUCACUCAUACAGUUGGUAAUCCUAUUAAUUUUCAAAAUGUACCGAAUGGGAUUUAUAAAAAACUUUUAAGCUUACGUACUCUACCAUUUGAAGAUUGUGGCUCCCAAUAUGAUGUGCUCUACGUCGGUGUUUCGAAUUGCUCUUCAAUACCAUGUCAAAUGGUUCGCGGUUCUACAGUCGUGGUAAAAGUUUUUUUCGAUGAUAACGGUGAUCAAACUUCAUAUUUAAAGCAUCGCGUUCGGUGGAUAUUUAAUGCUAUUAAAACUAAUGCCCUUAUUACGCCUGACCCUUGUGAUGACGACCAACAUUGCUUAAUUGACGAAAGUGAUGGAAAGUCCUACAAUGCACAAGUUUUUGUCACAAGCACCCUUCCCAAUAUACGAGGCACUAUGAUGUGGGUAGCAGAGAACGCUAAGAACGAAGAAGUUAUUUGCUUUAAAAUUCCAAUUAUUAUUACUACUGCCUAAUACUAAAUUUGCAUUAUACAAACAGUUUACAUUUGCUUUUAUAUAAGAAAGAGCUCUUACUUACUGGAUAAAAGCACCUUUUAGUUUCAGUGUGCUGAUGUUCAUGCCAAUUUUCAUUUUCUAAUAAACAGCACGAACAAAUGUAUGUAUUUUGAAAGUAUUUUUUUUUUAUUUAAUAACAAUCAAGGUAAUAAAAUAAUUAAUUAUACUUUGCAAAUGGAAACAGCUUAUACAUAGAGAUAUAUGUACAUUCAUACAAACAAUACUACUUUAGGCGCUUAUUUUGUACAUUUUAUAAUACAUUUAGUAUAUACUUUGGAUCACCAUUUUUCGAUUCAACAAGGCACUGGUAUUGAAUUUUAAAUUAUUAAAACAUAGAAUACAAAAUCGUGUAAAAAAUUAUUUACAAUUUUACCUGCAAA